UCUCUUCCUUCUUUCAACUUUGGAGUCUGCACGCAUAAUCUAACUGCCAGUUAUAGGAACUAUUCUGUUUAAUAGUUAGAUCCUCUGAGCAUUUUAAGAAAGAAAUCUGAAUGGAAUUAGGCAGUUUUCCUGGACGAUUGCCCGAAAUGGUCGUCUAAUGAAAUUUUGAGAUCUUUCGAGUGACUUAUACAAUCUAUCAUCGGUCCGCAUCUUAGCUCAUAUGUUUGCUAAGAUAAGCCUCUUGGUCUGAAAAGAAGAUCUAAAUGGUUCGAUGCCUUAACUCAUUACCCGAUAUAACCCUCAGUUUCAAAUUUAACCACUAUUAUUGACCACUAUUAACCUAGGAUUUACUAAAAGCUGCAACAAACGUCUAAUUAAACAGUUUUCCAAACUUGCUCGAGAAUUUCCGAAAUAAGAACUCCAGUGAGGCAGCUCCAAGCCCAACCCCCAAGAACGUCUUUGGUGUUUACCCCGAAUGUCAGGACAAAAGGACCUCAACGCGGACACCUCGAGUGGCGAGCGCACGUCCAAUCACAGAGCAAAACAAUAAUUGUUUACAAAUUGUUAACACGGUCCGCAAUAGUAGUAGAUGAUUGUCACUUUUGACGCGCCACGCCCCCUGCCAGGGGCGUCUCGGGCAAAUAGAAAUCCUCAAUUCACGCUUUGGCACAAGGCACUAAUACACUGGCAAAAAUUUCGGAUUUUACAUCUUAAUUCUUAAUGUUAUGAAAUAUAACUAAAAUUCGUUGUGUGACAAUUCUGUUUAAUUGUUAUUAAAAACUCUUUGUAUUCUAUAUUAUAUAGAUAUGUUAAUUAGUUUAAAUAGCAUUAUAUACGCUUUUAGUAAAAUUUCUCUUUAAGGAAUGGUUCCCUCGGGUGAUAGGAUUAUAAAUUUAAGACCCAUGUUUUUGCUCUGUGUAACUGGUUUGCAUAUCAUUUGCGGCUGUAGCUCAUCCAGGUGGCAUAUAAAACCGCCAAUAUUCAGGAGGAGCUGAUUCAGUCGGCGGCGAAUCUCGAUUGGCGGCAGUGGGUGCUAUCCGGUGAGCAUGUCGAACUUCAGUGCCUGCGCAGUGUGCGGCGAUCAGAGCUCCGGGAAGCACUACGGCGUGGCCUGCUGCGAUGGCUGCUCGUGCUUUUUCAAGCGGAGCGUACGGCGCGGCAGUACCUACGCCUGCAUCGCUCUGGCCGGGAACUGUGUGGUGGACAAGGCACGAAGGAACUGGUGCCCUUCCUGCCGCUUCCAGCGAUGCCUGGUCGUCGGAAUGAACGCAGCCGCUGUUCAGGAGGAGCGCGGUCCGCGCAACCAGCAGGUGGCUCUGUACCGCAGUGCCCGAAGACAUGCUCCACUAACUCAGCCCGCGCCAUCCCAGACGCCCCACACCCAGGCGCUGCACUUCCAGAUCCUUGCCCAGAUCCUCGUCACGUGCCUACGACAGGCGAAGGCCAACGAGCAAUUCGCACUCCUAGAUCGCUGUCAGCAGGACGCCAUCCUGCAGGUGGUAUGGAGCGAGAUCUUCGUACUGCGAGCGUCCCACUGGUCGCUGGACAUCAGUGCCAUGAUCGAGGGCUGCGGCGAUGAGCAGCUCAAGCGACUCAUCUUCGAGGCCCACCAACUGAGGGCUGAUGUCUUGGAACUAAAUUUUUUGGAGUCCCUAAUCUUGUGCAGAAAAGACUUGGCCAUCAGUCCGGAGUAUGCCGUUGUCCUGGUAAGCCACUCCAAUGCCGCCUUGAUCUCCUUGGCCCGUUACACCCUACAGCAAUCCAACUACAUGCGCUUCGGACAACUCCUCCUUGGCCUCCGGCAGCUCAGCUUGAAGCGCUUCGACUGCGCGCUAUCCUGUAUGUUUCGCACCGUGGUCAGGGACAUCUUGAAAUCCCUAUAGGCUCCAGUCUAUUUUACCCCCUAAAAAUUGAACAAAAUCAUAGUAUUAAAGAGAGAACAGAAGGACAGUUUUAUUGUUCGCAAAAAUAUAACCAUCUGAAUAAAAAAAUGCAAUCCUUAUUCACA